AUAAGUUCGUCAUCAUCCGACAUACCCGCAACGCUCACAUUCUUGAUCCCUCGCCCGCUUUAUUUUUCUUCGAUUUCUGAUGAUAUUCUCCAACUCUGAGCUACCGAGGGCCUUGAUUAUGCUGUUUGCGUGAUGAGCUUCCUUCCAUUUUACGAUCUCCACUACAGGAAUCUGCACCGUGAGAGAUCGACCCACACGCUGAAUCAUUUCGGGCAUCACCCUGUUGGGUACAGCAUGCUCUAGUUUCUGGACUAUUCAUUGCCUCUCAGCACGGCUUCAUUCCAGAAUGCCUACCGACCAAGAACUUGAACACACCUCUACACCGAAAUCCCAGCUAUCGGUGGCUACUGCAAAAGUUUCUCCGGACGGAAUGACAACUUCAAAGGACGAAAAUACAGAAUUACAUACAGUACAUGCUCACGACGUCCCCGAUGGCGGGUUGAGGGCAUGGAUGACUGUUGUUGGCGCGUUUCUCGUCGUCUUUUGUUCUUCAGGUUACGUCAAUUGCUAUGGUGUAUACGAAGAUUACUAUGUCCGUGAAUUUUUGAGCGACCAUUCGUCUUCAAGGAUUAGUUGGAUAGGUAGCGUUCAAAUACUGGGUCUGGGGUCAUUAGGCAUAUAUUCAGGUUUUGCCAUGGAUCAGGGACACUUCCGGCCUGUCAUGCUCGCAGGGUCGGCCUUACUCGUAUUUUGCCUCUUCAUGACGUCCCUCACCCAAGAGCAGCAAUUUUGGCAAAUCUUUCUUGCGCAAGGUAUUGGAUUGGGCAUAGCCGUCGGGAUCGUUUAUGUUCCCGCGCUUGGAAUCGUUUCGCAUCAUUUCAAGAAACGUCGGUCCCUCGUCAUGGGCAUUGUUGGAUCUGGAUCAUCCAUUGGCGGUCUUGUCCACCCUAUCAUGUUGAACCGGUUCUUUCAUGGAUCUAUCGGUUUCCGUUGGGGUGUGCGGAUCAGCGCGUUCUUUAAUCUUGGAUUGCUGAUACUGGCAAACGCACUGAUGACGACUCGUUUGCCACCACGCCUUGGAGAUGUAAGCUUCGCUAAGCAGGUGGCUUAUUGGAGACACUUCUUCACCGACAAAGCAUAUCUUAUCGCCAUUGCGGGAAACUUUAUUCUCUUCUUAGGAGUCUAUUUCCCUACUUUUUAUCUCCAGUUGAAUGCCAUUGAACAUGGCGUAAACGAAAAUCUGGCAUUCUAUACGAUCGCGCUCUUGAAUGGCGCAGGUGCCUUUGGACGUGUCAUGCCAACGAUUACUGUCGACCGUAUUGGCGUCUUCAGCUCGAUUAUCCCAUGUGCUGUUGCAUGUGGGGUGCUUAUUUUUGCUUGGGUCGCCAUUACAAACCCGGCCUCGAUAAUGGUUUUCGCUGUCCUCUAUGGGUUCUUCUCAGGCGCUGUGAUUUCUCUUCUUGGCCCGAUGAUUGCAUACCUCACGAAGAAUGUCUCGGAAAUCGGGGCACGACUCGGGGUAUGUAUUGGCAUUGCAGCUGUCGGAGGAAUGAUUGGACCUCCCAUUAGCGGCGCCCUAGUUACUGAUGAAUAUACCGGGCAGACGCGGUGGCUACGACCUGUGCUAUUCAGUGGGAUAUGCUGCGUUGUCAGUGGUUUGACUCUGGCGCUUGUUCAAGUCCUUUCUCGACGGAGUAAGUAGAAGCUGAUGAUGUCGUCUAGAAUUAAAUUGAGAUGUCUCUGCGUUAAUAGAAGAUCAGUUUAGUACUUACCAG